AUGGGUGGAGUGUUCUUUGGCAUUCUCCUUCUUAUCUUCUCUUCGGUCUUCACAGUGAUAAUCACUAUAAUUAAAGGAUAUCCCCCAGCACCGCUACUUACUACAAAACUUCAAAUUAUUGCCAACCUAAAACAAUAUUGGUCAGAUCUUUACGUUAAGCCUUAUAUCCGUUGUGGUCCCUAUAUUGUUGGCUGUAUUGUUGGGUAUUUCCUCUCAGAAUGUAAACGACAACGAGAAAAUAGAUUUCAACUUACAAAACUCCAAUGGGUCCUUGGUUGGUCCAUUAGUGCAAUUCUAGGGUUUUAUUCAAUUUUUGGUUUGUAUGAGUAUACACGGACUGGCGACAUUUCUUUGUGGUAUUCCCUUACAUAUGCCGCGAUCGGAAGAUUAUCGUUUGCUAUAGCUUUGGGAUGGAUUGCUUUUGCUUGUGAGACAAACCAUGGCCAAACAAUGAAUGCCAUUCUUGGCCACAAAAUGUUUAUCCCUCUUAGCAAGAUUACUUUUUGUGCUUAUUUGCUUCACCCAAUCUUAUUGCAAUUAUAUUAUUUCAGCCGGCCUAGUGCUUUUCACUUUACUCAUUCAUUCCAAUUGCUUUUAAUGUUCUUCGCGGCAGUUUUUUGUGUUUAUGGCUGUGCAUUGUUACUUAGCUUGGCAAUGGAAGUACCCGUCGCCCACAUAGACAAAUUAAUUUUUGGCCCAGGCGGUGGAGGAAGUCAACGAUUACCCUCUACAGCUAGAAGUAAUACAGGGACUUCUGACAAAUCAGGAGAGCAGCAUCAACUUCAAGAUUUUGAAGAUGAAGGGACGGAAAUAAAAAAAGAAUCUACAGAACUAAAAUUGUUAAGUAACGACGAAAAAAUCGAAAAAGAAGAAAUAAAAUAAAAAAAUA